UCCUAACUUUUUUUGUCAUAUCUCAAGUUGCCCCAAUUUUUUAAUCUUUCCUAAUAAAUCUUUUAACCGCCUUAGGAUGGUUGCUUUUUUAGGCUUACUAAUCUUGGUUUGUUGGAAAAAUUUACUCACCACUAAUAUUUUCUCCUUCCAUAAUUUGGUAGUAAAACCUAAGCCACACACAAUAAUAAGAGAUAGAGUAUUGUCUAUGUUUUCAUGGCUCUGAUAUCACUUGUUGAGGAAACGGUACCCCUCGGUUCCAUCCAAGAGGCUUCAUAUCAAGAGAUAAUUGUCCUCUCUAUACUCAUGAUCAUUCACUUCUCUAUCCAAUGUGGAACUUUGUUUGCACUCCUUACAAACCCAACAAAAAUAAAUUGAAUUAAGAGAGAAAUAGUUCAUUUAUAUUAUAAAUKUUUAUUAAGCCUCUUGUAUUUUCAACUCUUGAUAUAUGCUUAGUAAUAGUUUUAAAGUAUUAUAUUAAAAUUAAUUCAGAAAAUUAAAGAAGUAAACUUGUAAUUUAAGCCUUCAUCACUAAAAAAAAACAAUUUGUGGUGGUACGAACGAAUUGAACUUCAGAAAUGGCGGGCGUGGUUCGAGUUCUUCCAAAUUCGCUUUACAAAAUGCAGACUACAAGAAGUUGGGAUUUCCUUGGGCUCUCAACUUCUCCCUCACAAUCCUCCAACCUUCUUCAUCGCGGUAAAAUGGGCGAACAUGUCAUUAUAGGCGUCCUUGAUUCAGGAAUCUGGCCGGAGUCGGAAGCUUUCAGAGAUGAAGGAAUGGGGCCGGUGCCAUCACGAUGGAAAGGCAAGUGCGAAUCAGGAGAAGAAUUCAACUCCACAAACUGCAACAGAAAAAUCAUAGGCGCGCGUUGGUACAAUAAAGGCUUMAUUGCUGACRKKGGGCAGSMGGCACUGGCGAACGAGUACUYAUCCGCAAGRGACUUCMAMGGACACGGAACCCAYRYCGCCAGCACAGCCGCAGGCUCUUUUGUGCCGAACGUGAACUACCAGGGCCUCGGCGCCGGCACGGUGCGGGGCGGCGCCCCACGCGCGUGCUUGGCCAUAUAUAAGGUGCUGUGGUCGGAGGGGGCAGGGUCGGGAGCGGACAUAUUAAUGGCCAUGGACGAUGCCAUUCACGACGGCGUGGAUGUGUUGUCUCUGUCGCUCAGGUUUGGUGGGGUGCCUAUUUCCCCUGAGUUUAGCGAGGACAGCGUGGUGGCGAUUGGGGCGUUUCAUGCGACUGCGAGGGGAAUUUCUGUGGUGUGUGCGGGUGGAAAUGAUGGCCCCGAUAAGCAGACCAUUGUCAACACUGCGCCUUGGAUUUUCACUGUGGCUGCCUCUACAAUUGAUAGAGCUUUUCUUGCGCCCGUUACUCUUGGAGAUAACACCACUCAUUUGGGCCAAAGCUUCUUUGCCGGAGAAAAUGACAUUGUCGGCAAGUUGGUGUGUUCCACCCGUAGAAGGUUGUGUUCAUGCAAGGACAUUUUGGGGAACGACACUUCGCUGAGUGGAAACAUAGUUCUCUGCUUUAAUAAAUUAGUAGAUCUUGAGAUGACACAAAAGGCGGUUGUGGCGGUGAGACAAGCAAAUGGGAACGGGAUAAUCGUGGCCGGCCAACACGACGACAUCUUGUUCCCAUGUGGUGCUGACUUUCCAUGCAUCGUACUAGAUCCUGAUGUUGGUACUAAAUUUUUUCACUACCWCUUGGACACCAGUAAUCCAAUGGUGAGGAUAGGGCGUGCAASAACCAUCGUGGGGAAGCCUAUAUCAACCAAUGUAGCUUUUUUCUCAUCUAGAGGUCCUAAUUCUGCCUCUCCCGCAAUUCUAAAGCCGGAUAUAGCAGCGCCAGGGUCCAACAUUCUAGCUGCCAUUUCACCGCGCAACCCCUUUAGCGACAAAGGAUUCGCAUUCCAAUCAGGAACUUCCAUGGCCGCACCUCAUAUCUCUGGCAUUGUGGCUCUCCUUAAAUCCUUGCAUCCCACUUGGUCACCCGCCGCCAUUAGAUCAGCCMUCAGCACCACUGCACGGGUAAAAGGCCCUUCAGGGGCGCCCAUUUUGGCUGAGAGCUCACCUCCCAAGCUGGCCGACCCAUUUGACUACGGCGGCGGAUUGGUGAACCCCAACGCCGCCGCAGACCCAGGUCUCAUCUACGAUCUAGCCAUUGCAGACUAUGUCAAAUACUACUUGUGCGGCAUGGGGUAUAAGAAUUCAGAUAUUUCUCAACUAACAGAGCAGAAAACAGAGUGCCCUUCACAGAGGUCGUCGGUGUUGGAUUUGAAUUUACCGAGCAUUACAGUACCAGCUCUCAGAAACUCCACCACGGUGACUCGGACGGUGACGAAUGUGGGAAAUUCGAGCUCGGUGUACAGGGCAGUGAUCCGGGCC